AAGUGCAGGAGCCACAUUCUGCUGUGGUUCUUUCCUUCUGCUUCCACACUGGGCUCAUUACGCUAGAUAGAACAGAGACUUGCCUCACCUCUUGCUUUCUGUGCUGACUCCAGAACACAGUGUGUGUUCUGGGAGAGGACAGCUCUGUGCUUGUAUUAGUUGCCGUGUUGUGGGCUCCACAAUCUCAGCAUUUUCUGCUGUUCCUGUGGAUUUAUUUGAUGCCAGAAAUCUCUUUGACCUUCCACAGUUAACUAUCAUGGAUCAGUCCAUCGUAGACUUCCUGAAGAAUUCAUCGAUAAAGAAUUUUCAGCAUUUGGCUAACGACUUUAUGCCUCACUACUCCACAUUAAUUAGUAAGGUAGGAGGCAUCCUCUCUCCAGAAACCCUCAGUAAUAUUCAAAAAGACCUUCAGGAAGGGAAGCUAAAUGAUGCAGUGGACAAGAUUCAGGAAUCACUUGCUGCAGCAGAAAAUUGUAUUCUGGAGGUGGCUGUAAUAGGGGAGUCUGGGACUGGCAAGUCCAGUUUCAUCAAUGCCCUGCGAGGGGUUAGUUCUGAAGAGGAGGGAGCAGCUAACACUGGAGUUGUAGAGACCACCAUGGAGAAGACCCCCUAUCAACAUCCAAAAUAUCCCAAGGUGACCUUCUGGGACCUGCCUGGAACAGGGACUCCCAAUUUCCUUCCAGACACUUAUCUAGAAACUGUGGGAUUUACUAGCUAUGACUUCUUUAUCAUCAUUUCCUCCUCCCGGUUCAGCUUCAAUGAUGCUCUCCUGGCUCAGAAAAUCAAAGAGGAGGGGAAGAAGUUUUACUUUGUUAGAACCAAAGUGGACAGUGAUUUAUAUAAUGAAGAGGUAACCAAACCGAAGUCCUUCAAAAGGGAGAGAGUCCUUCAGCAGAUUCGAGACAACUGUCUGGCUAAUCUCAGUAACAUUGGAGUACCUGAACCAUGCAUCUUCCUAGUCUCUAAUUUUAACUUGGAUAAUUUUGAUUUCCCAAGACUACAGGAGACUCUGCUGAAGGAUCUCCCUGCUCACAAGCGUCAUAUCUUUGCACUUCUGUUGCCCACUUUUUCUGAGGCUUCUAUUGAAAUAAAGAGAGAUUUUCUCAAGGAGAAGAUCUGGUUGGAUGCUGUGAAGUCAGCAUCUUUGGCCUUUGUCCCCUUCAUGCCCAUUAUCUAUGGCUUUGAUUUGCCUGAACAAGAGAAGUGCUUGAAGGAUUACCGACAACAUUUUGGUCUUGAUGAUAUGUCAAUUGAAGAAAUUGCUGAAAAGUUGGGCACUUCUAUACAGGGCAUCAAGACAUACAUCAAGUCCUUGGAUUUCUGGCAACUUGUGAAGGAUGAUAGUAUAGCAGCAAAGGCGAGGAGCUGUGCUGAGUGCUGCUGUUCAGUGAAUGGAGGUGCCAUAUCUGCUGUCUUCCAACUUCUAAAAGUCUACUUUUUACAUUUGAAAUUCCUUGAUACUGUGGCUAAUGAUGCUAAAAUUCUCUUGCAUAAGACUUCAAAAAGGGCUGGGGAUAUGGCUUAGCGGUAGUGCAUGUGGCCCGGGUUCGAUCCUCAGCACCACAUACAAAGACGUUGUGUCUGCCGAUAACUAUAAAAUAAUUUUUUUUAAAAAAGACUUUAAAAAUUCAAGUCUGAGAGGAUGAAACAGAAGUAGCACUGAGGUAGGAGAAAUUUUUAAAAAUAAUUAAAUAGGCACAAAGGAGACAUAAAGAAAGAAAAAUAAAUUUUAAUUCAGAAGUUCCAUAUACAUUUCCGGGCCUAUCACUACCCAAGCCAGUAUGUUUCAAACAGCCAGGUCUGCUACUCCAAAAAUCCUGGGAAACAUGUAAAUCUACCUUUUUCACUGUUAAUUACCCACACCAACAAAUAGAUUAAAUAAAGAGAAAUAUGAUAUUUUGAGAGACCUGUAAUUUAGAGGGACUUUCCACCUCUGUUGACAAGAUAAUAAAGACUCAUCAGCCCAAGGAUCCUGAGAUUGACCAGACUACCAUAAAACAUCUUGAGAUCACCAGACUGAUAUCAUUUCUACAAAUCCUUUUAUACCCACCUCUCACCAAGUUUCCUUUAAAAGAAGAGUCAGGAACCCUAAAAAUGUGUCUCUUGUUCUCAAGAUGGCCUUCAUUCUCUUUUAAAUCUAUAUUUCUUGUUCAUGUCAAGAAACACAUAUUGUUUCUUGAAUGUACCAUUUCUCUCUCUCUCUCUCUCU